GGUAUAAAAGGACUUGUAGCAACAGUACUACGAUUGAGGACAUACUCUUAAAAGCAGAUAUAAUCUACGCAAUGAUGGCUCAACGAGUUCAAAGUGAUCUUAAGCAAGAUGUUGUGUCCCCCACACAUUCCAAGAACAGUACUCUUCAACACCUCAAGAAUGGUACUGAAUAUUUGAAGGCAAGCGCUCUUCAGCUCGAAGGGAACUGGAAAAACCAUGGCACUUACAUUGAGUUAUAUGAGAGCUCUCAAUUUAAAGUUAGCGGAGAAUGUGAGCUGAAAGCUGAAGAAGGUCCUUAUGUAGGGCACUUUCUGGUUGGGCUGGCAAGGGAUCACAACAUGGGAAAAGUGAAAACUAAAAAAAGCCCUUUCGAGGAGGAGAACGAAGAGGACUGGACUAAUCAUGCACCUGGAAUGUUGGCACCCAUCAGCAUGGGUAUUUGUGACGACGAAUAUGUCAAAUUCUCCCUUGCCAGUGCUGAACCCUACUGGAAAAUGCAGAAAGGCCUAAACAUAUACGGCGUUGUUUUUACUCCUUUGAAAAAGAAAUAAUAUGUGAACAAAGUAGCCAUGAGACUGUCAAGCUCAUGGCUUAUGUUGUUUAAGUUCAUCCUGCAUGUAAUAAUAUGAAAUAAUCACAUUAGCAUCCCUGCACCAGCUAGGUUGUUUAAUGUAGUAUGAAAUAAAGAGAUUAAAACCAUAACUACCAUUAGGUAGGUGGUUUGUUCUUCUAAGCAAAUCCCUCUGUUUCUUC